GAUUGAGUUUUAAUGUACAUAUAUAAUAAUAUAAUAUAUAUUUAUAAAUGUUGCGUAUAUUAAUAAAGACAGAGAAAUCAGUACGAAGAAUAAACCAUCUCCGUGCUGUACUAAACAAGGAUAAUCAACAUGUUACGUGUUCAAGACACAAACAUGAUGGAUAUGUUUCUAUUGGUAAUGUUAAAGUUCCUGUAAAAACUCCACAAAAUCCUGAGCUAGUUCCAUAUGCAUAUGUUGUGGAAAACAAAGAGCUACCUCAAUCUAUUCUUCGUCAUAUGAAAUGGUUGGCUCAAAAAGAUAUUCUUGGACAAGAUGUGUUUUUAAUUGGUCCACCUGGACCUUUACGUCGAUUAAUUGCAAUGCAAUAUUUGGAACUUACAAGAAAAGAAGUGGAAUACAUAUCCUUAUCAAGAGAUACAACUGAAAGUGAUUUAAAACAAAGAAGAGAAAUGAAACAAGGAACCUCAUUUUAUAUUGACCAGUGUGCAGUUCGAGCUGCUGUUGAAGGACGUGUGUUGAUAAUUGAGGGAGUAGAGAAAGCUGAAAGGAAUGUCCUACCUGCGUUGAACAACCUGCUUGAGAAUAGAGAGAUGCAAUUAGAUGAUGGGAGGUUUUUAAUGCACCACAAACGCUAUGAUCAACUUCUACAGGACCAUUCAAAGAAAACUUUGGAUGACUGGCAACUAGUUCGUGUCAGUGAAAACUUCAGAGUAUUUGCUUUAGGAUUACCAGUUCCUAAAUAUCGAGGCCACCCAUUAGACCCUCCAUUAAGGUCAAGGUUUCAAGCCAGGGAUGUUUAUCAUCUUGGGUUUAGUGACCAACUAGAAGAGCUUUACAAAACUGCUCCAUCAGUAAAUGAAACUCUUCUUGCCGAAACUCUGUCCUGUGCUUCUGCAUUGGUGACACAAGACUCUGCUAACUUAGGUCUACCUCAUUUUCCACUUGAUAAUCUCAUUAAAGCUGCAAAGAUAAUGGAAAAGUUACCAAAAUAUCCAAUACAAAACCUUCUAUCUCGCUUGUAUCCUUACAAACUUGUAUUAAACAAAGAUGGCACUCAAGCUGUAGAAGAUAUUUAUAAGAAAUUUGAUAUUUCUUUAAAUUCAAGUGUAGACUCACUUGUGUUAAAAGAUAUUCACCACAAGAAUAAUCAAGCGGCUGUAACUCUUGCUUCAAAUCAACAAACUCAUUCAUUUAAGGUAUCGUGUGGUGAUCACAUACAUGGACCACGAUCUUCAGUUAAAGAUGAAUUUGUUGCAACACCAUAUCACCAACGCUUACUUGCUGACUUAAUGCUUAGUCAUACUGCCAUGGAUGUUUGUAUAGUGGGUGGGAAGGGUUGUGGGAAAUCUAGCGUCAUACGCGAGUUCUCCCGGCUUUUAAAUUACCGGACAGAACCCGUGCUUAUGUACCAAGACAUGACAGCUCGGGACUUAUUACAACAACGAUACACACUGCCUAAUGGUGACACUGUAUGGAAGUUAUCACCACUAAUAGAAGCAGCAAUGGAAGGAGGGAUGGCUGUACUGGAUGGACUGAACCGAGUCAACCCAGGAACUUUAUCAAUUUUACAAAGAUUGGUUCAUGAUAGAGAAGUAACUCUUCAUGAUGGCACUCGGUUGAUAAGACACGACAAGUUUGAUGGAAUGAAAGAAAAAUUGAAUCUUACUGAUCAAGAAUUGAAUGAAAAGUCAGUUUAUCGUAUUCACCCAUCGUUCCGCAUGGUCGGUGUAGCGGAACCCCCCACUCAGGGGUCAUCCCAACAAUGGUUGAACCCCGAACUACUCACCCUCUUCUUGUACCAUCACAUGGAACCUCUAAGUAUCAAUAAUGAGAUGGAAAUUAUUCAGAAACUUGUACCUGAUGUAAGUCUUACUGAAAUCAAAGGUUUGCUCAAGUUAUGUCAGAAACUCAGAUCUGCCAAAGAUGCCAACUCAGUGUCGCUAGCUGCUUCUCUAUCCACUCGACAGUUAGUACGAAUCAGCAAAAGGCUGGCAGCGAGUCACCAUAAUGUAAACCGGUCCGAACUAGUUUCAGAUGCGGUUCAUAAAGCUUGCUUGUCCAGGUUUCUUCCACAAUUAGCACGUUCUGCGUUGUGUGGGGCUUUAGAAAAAAGUGGAUUACCCCCCGACCCUUUCCCUGUUCAGGAUCUUACUAUGAAUGAUAUUUCUUGUGAAAUAAAAGAAGGAAUUCUUAAAAUUGGCGACGUAUCUGCCCCUGUAUACACAGGAGAUAAUGUUGAAGCUGAAUCUUCUGUUGCAAAGGUUCCUGAUGUCCUCUUCUAUGAUAAUGCUCAGCAUCUAUCAGUGAUGAGGGACAUGCUGCAGGAUUAUAACCUGGGUGAACAUAUCUUGUUGGUGGGAAACCAGGGAGUUGGUAAGAAUAAGAUCGUGGAUCGAUUUUUGCAUCUUCUUAAUAAACCAAGAGAAUACCUUCAACUGCAUAGGGAUACCACAGUUCAAAGCUUAACUGUGCAACCCACAGUUCGUGAUGGUAUCAUUGUAUAUGAGGAUUCUGCACUUGUUAGAGCUGCAAGGUUAGGUCAUGCUCUUGUGGUUGAUGAAGCAGACAAAGCUCCCACCCAUGUUACUUGUAUAUUGAAAGCUCUACUUGAAUCUGGAAGAGCCACGCUUGCAGAUGGGAGAAAGAUUGUAACAGAUCCUUCGGAGUUAGAUCAUCUUUCAUCCUCCACCUCCAACAAAGAAGUGAUCCUCCUUCAUCCAGACUUCCGGAUGUUCGUUCUCGCUAAUCGACCGGGAUUCCCCUUUCUAGGGAAUGAUUUCUUUGGAGCUGUUGGUGAUGUGUUUAGUUGCCAUGCUGUAGAUAACCCCAGUGUGAGCUCAGAAUUAGAUAUGCUGCGGCAAUAUGGGGAAAAUGUGCCAGAAGCUUCUCUGAAGAAAUUGGUUGCUGCUUUUGGUGAGCUGAGAGACUUGGCAGAUCGUGGGUUGAUAUCGUAUCCUUAUUCAACAAGGGAAGUGGUCAAUAUUGUUAAGCAUUUGGAGAAAUUUCCAAAAGAAGGUUUAGCAAAUGUUGUACGAAACGUGUUUGAUUUUGAUGCAUACAGUAAAGAGACAAAGGAACAACUAGCAUCGGUCAUGCAUAAACAUGGGAUUCCUGUCGGUGCUAAGCCACACGAUGUCAGACUUGCGAAGCCUUUGCCGCUGUCAGUUCCAAAACUAAGUGGUUAUUGGAAUCUCUUACAUCAAUCUUCCUCACAAUGUGAAGUAGAAUCAUUUGAAAUGUCAGUUAAGGGUCCAGUACACUUGACUGUUCAAAACUACGACAUAGACCGCACUGAGGACCGAGGUUUGGACUUCAGUGAACAAUUUGCUCACUGGCAACUUCCACAGUUCUUUAGGACAAACAUCAUAACUGAUAUUGCUAUCAGUAAAAGUGGACCAGUGGACACAGUAAACAUUUUUGCUGUGAAUGGGUCUGCUCUGUAUGUGAACCAGCGUGGCAGUUCUGUAGUAAAAUAUAUUGACAUGUAUGAUGUCUUUCCUAAUGUUGGAUCCAUGUCCCACGCUAAUGUAAAGAUUGCACCACUUGGUCCAUCAUUGCAGGGACAACUGUUGCUGUUUGAACAAAAGAGCAAAUUUCUCCUGAUGAUUGACACAAACUCCGGAGCUACUCGAAGAUUGUUUAUCCCUGGUAUGGAGGGAACAAGUGAUCCUCAUCUUUCGGUGAGAAGAUCAAGCUCCACACCUUCUACUCCUCCAUACAAGAUGUGUAGCGAAUUUAGCGAGGAGUUUUGCACUGUCGUAUUUUUCGAAGAAAAUGGCCAUCAGAUAUUUCAUCUGAACGCAAUAGACGGGCAUGUGCAUGGGGUGAAGGUGGAUUUUAAAAUACAAGAUCUUCAACUUGUAGCACAUGAUAAAUGGUUGAUAACAGAAGCAGAUACAAAUAUCAAAUACAUGCUAUCAACCAAAUCUGUUGAAGACAACAUUCCUAAUAAACUUACCCAGAUAAAUGAGGAAGGAGUGAAUAUGGGCUUUGGAUCUUACUCAGACAGCACACCUUCAAGUUUAAUAACAGCAUCCACUGCUUCAUUAUCAUCCACACAGCUCACCACUUCAUUGAAGCAAGCUGUGGAUUCACCCAAUCGUGUGUUGGUUGAUAAGAAUUGUUAUGCAAAGUGUGUUGUCGGCUUUCCUGAUCUCACUGCAGCGAAUGAAAUUUACACAUUCCCUCGUACCAAUGAUACAGAUGAGUCUCUGCUUGACAAAGGACGAACAAUAUACCGUGGGAUGACGAAAUUUGUUCCUCCUAAACCUCCAUGUCAAAUAUUAUCAGAUUCCAACCAAGUUGUGAAAAUUGUUCCGCUUAAAUCGGUUCCUGAUACUGCAUUUAAUGAGGGUAUUAAACCAAGUUUAACCACACACUGUAUGGAAGUUGCAGACCUUGGUCAGCAUAUGCUACGUUAUGUACCUCUACCUCAAGCUGUAUCUGAAUCUCCAUAUGUAUCAUGGCAGAGUAGCAUCUCAGAAAGUGGAUAUAACACAGCAGUUGGGAAGAAUGAUGUGCUUUACACUGUGGAUGCCGGAGGCUGUGUUCGUGAAUGGGAAACUGGGUUGAUGAAUUUGAAACGAUCGUUAGAUGAAUGGAGAGCCAUGAUUGGUUCGGAUGGUGGUGAUGAUAGAUUACAGAUCACCACAGAAAGAGAGAGUGGUGAAGACGUAACGGCUCCGAAACACGGGAAGAUUGACCCUGAUAAUGCUCCUCAUGUUGGGGGUAAUACAUGGGCUGGCGGAACAGGGGGAAGGGACACUGCAGGAUUAGGGGGUAAAGGGGGUCCUUAUAGACUGGAUAUGGGGCAUGAUGUUACUCAGGUCCCUGAUUGGGAAAAGGAAGCUGUGCCUGAACAUGUGAAAAAGGCAGCAAGAGAUGUUGCAAAGAAAGCUUUUAAAGAAAGACUUCGUGAGAUUCGCAUGAGUGAGUUUGAUGCCGACAUGUACGAGAAGUUUAGCAGUCAUGUUCGUAAACAAGUCAAGUCUUUACGAAUCAUACUUGACAGUUUACAGGCGAAAGGUAAAGAGCGACAAUGGUUGAAACAUCAGACAACUGGUGAGCUGGAUGAUAUGAAACUUAUUGAAGGAUUGACUGGUGAGAAAAAUAUUUACAAACGAAGAGCUGAGCAAGAACCAGAGCCUGGAACGCCACAACAAAAACCGAAAAAAAUUCGAGUGGUAAUGGAUGUUAGUGGAAGCAUGUAUAGGUUCAAUGGGCUUGACAAUAGAUUAGAACGAAGUGUUGAAGCUGCUUGUUUAGUAAUGGAGUCAUUUGAAGGAUAUAAGGACAAAUUUAAG